CAGCGUGUCGUGGUUGUUUAUCCUUUCUCUGCAGAGAUAAAAUACAUUUAAUAGAGAAAAUACGUUUAAUAUCAUGCAAGCCGACGUUGCUAUUUAAGCUUAGAUUGUUUAGUAAUGCAGACCGAAAAUGUCAGAUAUUAGUCAUUACUAGUAUUUCUUGAUUUGUGAUAUUCAUACACUGUUAAACAUUAUACAAUUAAUCUGUAAUACCCUAGUUAUAGAUCAUACAUAAUGGUAUAUAUUUGAUUAGUUGACUUUGCUCUCUAAAUGUUGCAAGAAUAGUAUCGUAAUUGUCAGUAGUCAAGCCCUUUACAGUAGCAUACAUCAAACGGCCAUGUCUGAGUCUGGUCACAGCCAGCCGGGUAUCUACGGACAGGGGAGGAGGAGAAGGCGAAGGCGAGACAGAGAUCCGGGCCCGCCUGGUCAAAACCUCUCCGGCCCGAGCCGUGAUCGAGACUAUGUGGCCCGUGAGCGCAGGGAUGGCAGUGAGGAACCUACAGGUCCUCUUUUGCAGAAGACCCCUAUUAUUCUCGCCAAACCUCCUGGAGAGAGAUCCAAAACAAGUGCAACUGUGAGUGGAGGCCCAUCUUUGGAAAAGCCGAUCAUGCUCAUUAAGACCAGAGAGGAGGGAGGUAAACCUGGAACUGCCCCUGAGGUGGCUCCUUCAGUCUCGGGAGCAGGGACAGCCAAACUAGAGAGGGAAGGCCAGCGCCCCACCCAGCCUGUGUAUCAGAUCCAGAACCGAGGCAUGGGCUCAGCUGCGUCCGGUGGAGCUGUCGAUCCUGGGAUUGGUCAGACUAAACUUCUCCCACCUGAGAAGAUGAAGCACAGCUUAAAGCUAGUAGAUGACCAAAUGAAUUGGUGUGACAACGCUAUGGAGUAUCUGCGAGACCAGACAGAUAUGUUGGUAGUGGGUGUUAUUGGGCUACAAGGCACAGGCAAGUCCACCGUCAUGUCUCUCCUCUCAGCUAACAGCCCGGAGGAGGACCAGAGGGCUUAUGUAUUCAGACCACAGACACAAGAGAUCAAGGAGAGAGCUGGGAACCAAAGCAGUGGAAUCGAUUUCUACAUCACUCAAGAGAGAGUCAUCUUUCUAGACACACAGCCAGUUUUGAGCCCCUCUAUUUUGGAUCAUCUCAUCAACAAUGAUCGCAAGCUUCCUCCCGAGUACAAUCUCCCACAUACCUAUGUGGAGAUGCAGUCUCUGCAGAUCACCGCCUUCCUCUUCACUGUAUGUCAUGUUGUGAUUGUGAUUCAGGACUGGUUCACUGAUAUCAACUUAUAUAGGUUUCUGCAGACUGCUGAGAUGCUGAAACCCUCAACCCCAUCUGCCAGUCAUGACAGCACUGGUUCCUCAGGGCCUGAUGAUGCCUCUGAGUACUAUCCUCACAUAGUUUUCUUGCAGAACAAAGCAAGAAGGGAGGAGUUCUGUCCACGGAACCUGAAGAAGAUGUAUAUGGCAAUUGACAAACUUAUGGCCCAUUCCCACUUAAAAUAUAAAGGCACAUUGUCCAUGUUGGAUUGUAACAUAUUCCCGGGUCUGAGUAGAGACUACUUGGAGACAGAAGUCAAUCUUUUCCUUUUACCAUUUUUGGAGAAUGAUGGGGAUGAUGCUUUGACAAGAUCAGGUUCAGGUCCUCCACUUUUCUCUCUGCUGCCUGGUUACAAAGGUCAUCCCAGCUUUUCUUCACUGGUUUCUAAAUUCCGCAGUCAAAUCCUGGCUAUGUCCCGUAGUCAGCUCUCACACACAAUCCUCACUGAGAAAAACUGGUUUCACUAUGCGGCUAGAAUUUGGGAUGGUGUUAAAAAGUCCUCUGCCCUAUCUGAGUAUAGCCGGCUGCUGUCAUAGUCAUGCUGAUGUCAUGAAAACCUGCAAGUUCAUUGUUAAAGAGGACUUUGCCUCUCUCAGUUGAGGUUAUAAAGGAGGCAGUCCUCAGAAAGAACAUAGGCCCACAGAAAUGCAGUAGAUCUAGCUGGGGUGUAACUAAGUUCAGAAAAAGGGUUGCUCCACUGUGAGAUCUGAGUCACAACAGCAAAGUACAUUGGAGUUUAGGUUGGGUGGUCUGUACUGAAAUGUUUGUUUUAUGAAAAUUAGAAGUUGCCUGCAAAGGUCAUAAACAAUCCAGUCAAGAAUCAACUCAUUCUUAUUGCAAGACAUUUUGUGCAAAGAUUCAGUAAUGCAGGUAUACGGUAUAUGUUUGUUCAGUAAAAUUAUGUAAAUAAAACAGUGUUAAAAAGCAUGACCCAGCACACAACUCUCCUACAUCAGGUGUUGUUUUUUAUUUUAUUCUGUUUGAACAAAAUGAUAUAUUUUUGAGGGGACAAAAUGUGUUAAUUACUGCAUGAUUUGUUCUAUAAUGUUUCAUGAUAUAAAAGAGUAAAAUGUGCCAUCUAUGUUCAGUAGCAAAGU